AAAGAAGGCAAUUAAUCCCCAACUUCUAAGUCUAAUUAUGCAAGUUUCCUUUUAUCUAUUACUCUAUCCCUUUGUAUGCACAUAAUGCACAUAGAAAAUGGAUUUAAUCAUCUUAAAGACCCCAUAUCUUUAAUAAGUAUGUUGAGAUUAGAAGUUCUUUCAGAACCUAGCCCAUCGUUUUGAAGUUAUUUCAUUCCACAGCACUUAACUGAAACAGCAGUUAGCUAAGUAGAACAGGGCUCCCUAAACAGCACAUCACAGAGAAAGGCUCGGGAUGUUGUAACAGAUUGGGUUUUCUCACUUUUCUUUGCAAUUACUGAGUGGGAAAGUGAACUAAAGGGUUUUGAGGUAUAUGUUUAAUAGUGAAAGAGGAUAAAAGCCAAUGCAUCUGUAUACAGUUACGUUUGUAUUUAUACCCAAGGAAACACAAGUUGGUUUGGAGAGAAAAGACAAAGAAUAAAACACAAAUCAAGGUAAAACAGACUGAAAAAUACUGAGAAACAUUGAGACUGAGACUUAGGAUAGAUUUUCUAAUUUCAACAAUGAAAAUAUAAUACUUUUGUAACAGGUACAAUUUUGUUCUUUUUGGAAGAUGGUAUGAAGGCUCAGCGUGACCAAAAGUGAUUAUUAAUAGUGUACUGUUCAAUAAAAUACUGUACGUCUGGAGGUAUCUUUGAGCUCACUGAGUAGACACCAUGAACGAAGCUCACCCUCCCAAGUUAAUAUUUGUGGACAAGAAGUUAUCAUUGAUAAAUGGUGGCAGACAUAUCCACAGAAUAUUAUGGAGAUUUGAUCUCUUUACAAAUCCUGUGAUAGACAAAUAUGUGGACACGGCAACUCGUGGGCAACAAAACAAUGUUGGAAUGGUGGCAAUACAAGCAAAUAAUACCACCUCAGAAGCCCUGGAAUGUGUUCACCGGAGAAAUCAACUGCUCCCCCAUGUCCCCUUCUCCACACACCUGUUUCACUGCAAUAGGCGGCAGGUCCCAGAUUCCACAGGCCUCUCGCAGCAGCUCCAUCUUGCUUCCUGCCAGGAGGAAAGGCCGGGAAGGAAGACCCGGAGUCUGGAAAGGCCCCGUGAGAGGAAGCCGUUUGACAGCAGGUAA